AUGGGCGACGACAUUCGUGUUGAGCUCGGCUCAGUCGCGCUCAAUGCCUCAUCGCCCAAGAAGGUUGCUUACUUUUACGAUUCUGACAUUGGUAACUAUGCCUACGUUACUGGUCAUCCCAUGAAGCCUCAUCGCAUUCGGCUGGCGCAUAGCUUGAUCAUGCAGUACAACCUGUACCAGAAGAUGGAGAUUUACCGCGCGAAACCUGCGACCCGAGGCGAAAUGACCCAAUUUCACACGGACGACUACAUCGACUUCCUCCAAAAAGUCACGCCAGACAAUAUGGACAGCUUCAUGAGGGAGCAAGGAAAAUACAACGUCGGAGAUGAUUGCCCUGUAUUCGACGGUCUCUUCGAGUUUUGUGGUAUCAGUGCGGGCGGUAGCAUGGAGGGCGCUGCACGACUCAACCGCCAAAAGUGCGACAUCGCCAUCAAUUGGGCUGGUGGUCUGCAUCACGCCAAGAAAUGCGAAGCCAGUGGUUUCUGCUACGUCAACGAUAUCGUUCUCGGCAUCCUCGAGCUCCUCCGAUUCAAAAAGCGGGUCCUCUACAUCGAUAUCGACGUCCAUCACGGUGAUGGUGUUGAGGAAGCCUUCUAUACCACCGACCGUGUCAUGACUGUUUCUUUCCACAAGUAUGGCGAGUACUUCCCUGGUACUGGUGAGCUGAGGGAUACUGGUAUUGGCCAAGGAAAGAAUUACGCUGUGAAUUUCCCUCUUCGAGAUGGUAUCACCGAUGCGUCGUACCGCUCAAUCUUCCAGCCUGUCAUUGAGAAUGUCAUGAAGUAUUACCAGCCCGAGGCUGUUGUUCUUCAGUGUGGUGGUGACAGUCUUUCAGGUGAUAGACUGGGUUGUUUCAACUUGAGUAUGGAUGGCCACGCCAACUGCGUGAACUUUGUCAAGAGUUUUAACCUCCCUACCCUUGUUCUCGGUGGAGGUGGCUACACAAUGCGAAAUGUCGCGCGCACAUGGGCAUUUGAAACUGGUGUUCUUGUCGGCAAGGAGAUGGACCGAACAUUGCCGUACAAUGAAUACUACGAAUACUAUGCUCCUGACUUUGAGCUGAACGUCCGAUCCUCAAACAUGGAGAACUCCAACAGCCGAGAAUAUCUCGAGAAGAUAACUUCAUCAGUCAUUGAUAAUCUCCGACAAACUGGGCCCGCGCCAUCAGUGCAACUGCAGGACGUCCCACGAAAACCUUUCGGCGGCAUGACCGACGAGGAGGAAGCUGAGCUGGAUGAUCUCGAUGAGGACGAGAACAAGGAUGUCCGUAUGACGGAACACCGCUGGGACAAGCACGUUGAACAUGACAACGAGUUCGAAGCCAGCGACGAUGACGAGAUGGCUCGCGUCAAUGGUGCUACUCGCCAGAACGGCAACAAGCGCAGCUUUACUGAUUACCGCAAGGGAGAAAUGGAUGUCGAUAACCCCGACGCCCCCCCUGCUAAAGCCCCCAAUGGUGCUUCUAAUGAUGAGGCUGCCGAGGAACACACUGGCGAGGACGGACACGAUGUGAACGACGAUACUAUCGAUGACAUUUCGGCUCCCGAUCAGCCUGAGAAAGAUCAACCAGAGAAAGCGACCGAAACCCCUACUGAGAAUGCGAAGGAACCCGAGCCAUCAAAGGUUGAUGGAGAUGGCGAUGUGGGUAUGGAGGACUCAGCAGUCGAAGAGACAACCAUCAAGAAGGAGGAUGUUGAGCCUGAAGCACCCGAAGCACCCACUGAACCUUCAGCGCCAACAGAAAAGUCUGCACAGGACGAGCCGGCUGCCGAAGCGGCGGCUGCCGACGCUGCUACUACAAAACCAGUCCCAGAGCCGACACCUGCCGAAAAGCCUGCAGAGUCAACCGAGAAAGCUCAAAGCGAACAGCCUGCCGAUGCUAUGGACGUUGACACGGAGAAAGAUAAGCCAGAGCAACCCAAGGAGAAGAGCAAGAGCCCAGCAAACUAG